AGCAUUGGAACCUCCUGCAGGCGGAUAUCAUAUUCGUGGUGCCUCCUCUAUCAACAGACGCCGUCGAUACGAAGAGCGUAGAUUGCAGGACGUGACAAGGCGCAGAUUCACUGUCUCAGGACUGCCGUGCCAAAUGUUCGUUCUGCACCAUAUCGAUUACCGGAUACGCGUCAACUUCAGGGCAGACUCUGGAGAGGUCUCAAGCCGUUAAUGGCUUAGAAGGCGCAACGACUCUGGGACAAUGGAAGCAUAUCCAGAUGAUUAUGUUGGGCAUAACCUACCCCUGGUCGUGCUCUCGGGGUUAGGGACAGAUUUGCCGGUAGAGGAGCAUUCAAGCUCGUACGAUUUCAUGCUGGAGACCGCAACGCAUAUCAAGUCACCGACCGACAUACCACCCAUACAGGGCGAGCGAGCCGAUCUGCUCUUGAGAGAGUUCAUCAAUGCAGAUGGGCGCAGAGCGGCCUGGAAUGCAAGGGCUCGUAAUGCGAAGGGCGGGAGUGUCUGCACGCGGUUCAAGGCCAUUGGGAGAGAGUUUGUCUUACCUCCACACAAAGCCGCACCUCCUGAACUAUCUGAUGACCUGAUUUUAUCGACACAUAAUUCUCAAACCUCCUCAUGGAUCUUGCACUCACCUCUAUCGCCUUUGUCUCCCAGCUCACCGCUUUAUCCGGACGGUGUGAUGAGCCCGGCAUGGAUUGCAAAGCAUCAACAUCACAUUCCUGCUGUAUUCGUUUCUUUUUUCAACUUCAAAACCUCUGACCCUAGUAAGAAUGACUCGCACGAUAAACAGCUAAUCGAUGAGAUAUCCGGGAUCAAGUCUGUUCUUCUUGAAUACAAGAUCAGGUAUGUGGUGGUCUUCCUCAGCGACACGACCAUCAUCCAGUCUCCGGAGAUCGAGGACAGGUUAGCAAGUAUUCGGAGAGCGAACAGUCUAGAUCCGAAGAGCUCAAUGUUCUUUAUCCCCCCCAAUACGUCUACGAACGAAUUCCCAACGUUUGUCCAGACAGUACUCGUCACUUUACAACCACUAUGCGUCGAGUACUACAGAGACUUGACGAAGCAUGCUCGGCGGAAGAAGGGAAGGGGAAGUGUGCCUCCCCCAACCGUACCACCCACCCAAGGUACGUCUCGGACGCUCUCCAACCAGGGAUGGGGAAUGCGAUAUGACUUUAAGUUGGGGGUAUUUGCCGAAUUCCGCCAGGAAAUGGAUGCUGCGUCACGACAUUACAAUAUUGCGCUAGACUCGGUUCUUGGUCCUGAUGGCAUUUUCGAAACUUUGCCUAGUUGGUCGCCAAGAUGGGACGAGACUCGGAUGCUUGGAGAUGUGAUUGCGGUCCGAUUGAUCCGGUGCUUACUGUGGAAUGACCAGCCCACUUCAGCUGUCCAGGCGUGGUCGAUGUACCGAAGAAGGAUGCAAAGUCUGCUGGACAGAAGAGGAAAGGGAACUUCCAACUACGGCUGGGCUGCGUGGGAAUCACGAUGGGCAUGUAUCAUGGCCGAGAUUGUAGAUCGGGCGGAUUUGCCUGUCUUCAUAGUGCGGGAGCCGAGAAGGGAUGGCGGCGCCCCGGGUGCUCGUGUGAAUGCGCUUUUCUCGCCUCCUGAGAAGGCCUUCCCGGUUGGUGAAAGGUUACAGCCUUGGCAACUGUUGCACCAUCCGGGCUAUUGGCUCAGACUUGCAGCAAACCAUGCCAGACGGAGGAGAGAUCUCUCAGAAGAGAUGCCUGAAGAAGACAGGGUCUUGCCCAGCCAGGCGGCGGCGACAAAAGGGGCAGAUCGCUACGCAUCCUACGACCUAUAUCUCGUCCCACCGCCUCAUAUCGAACAACCUCUCGAGGGCAAUGAUGGUUACGACCAUUGCAGUGAGAUUUCUGAGCUUCUAAAUCAAGCUAUCAGCCAAUACUUUGCUCGAGGACAGCAGAGAUUUGUUGACCGAUUGAACCUGGAACUGGGAUGGGCUCUCCUUCAUGGCAAGAGAUACUCCGACGCCCUCAGUGUGCUGAAGCCAUUAUGGGAGGGAAUGAGUUGGCGGACGGAGGGGUGGUGGCACCUUGCGUCUGCCGUGACCUGGGCCUUGAAUGAAAGUGCAUUCCACUGCCAGGAGGCCAAUGUUCUCGUCUGCACAGAGUGGGAAAUCUUGUCUAAAACGUUACCCAGUCGGUCAGAGCGCACACACGACCUCAUGAAGUGUCUUGACCCAAUACUUUCGGCUUAUCAUGGUAUUGAGAAGACUCGUAUAACACUAUCAUCCUCGACCUCUGUCUCUCCGUUGCAUGUAAACUUUGCCUUUUCAGCUCUCGAGGGCCAUGUUGGCGAGCCGCUGCUCGUGCAGUUAGUUCUGACUUCACACGCGCGCAAUGGCUCGAAACCUUUGUUGCUUUCUGAGCUGUUCGUGUCUUUUAAAGGAUGUAUCAGCGAAGUCCGACUUACGCACUCGGCUGCAUCUGACAGCACUGGUGCGUCUACGGUACAGCAGAUAGUUCUCCAAGAAGCAUCUGCGCAGCCCCGCCAGAGCUAUUCGCACGUCUCGAAGUGGACUGGCGAGGCAGAUCUGUCAAUACAUGCCGGCCAAGUCAAGGCUUUCAACUUCCCGUUAGUCUUCAGGGACGCCGGCGAUGUCACAGUGACAGGGACUACACUAAACAUCGACGCUGAGCAGUUUGUCCUCAGUUAUAGCACAACGCCCAAAGAGAGCCAUAUACCCCCAGCAUGGUGGAUCAAAGGUGCUCGAGGAGUCCGGCCAAAACAGCCAAGUCGAGAAGUUGGCAUAUGGACACACAUCCUCCCGAAGCCACCCAAGAUGGACAUCAACAUAUCCAACCUCCAGAAGCAAUACUACACCGACGAGCCUGUCACGCUCGACAUCGAACUCUUCAACCACGAGGACGAGGACACCGAAGCCGUGAUUGAAGUCCGCCUCCUCGGCGGCGCAAAAGAAGCCCUUGAAUUUACCUGGCUUGCGCAAGACACCACGACAUCCCAACCUUCCGCAACUCCCAAUGCAGUAGACCUCCCAGGACACCAAGUCGGCCGCCUCUCCAUCAACGAACGCCGCACCGAACGCAUCCACCUCGGCGCGCCCACCGAGCCGUCCGCGUACGCAAUGGAGAUCAAAGUCCUCUACCACCUCCUCUCCGACCUCUCCACGCCCGUCUCCAAGAUCCUCACCGUAGACCUCGUCUUCGCCUCGCCCUUCGAAGCAAGCUACGACUUCCUCCCGCGCGUCCACCCAGACCCCUGGCCAAGCUACUUCGACCCAUCAACAGCACGCUCCCCGCCUGACCUACCCACCACCCCCGAACCCGCAACCGGUAUCCCCCAGGCAUGGCUCCUGCACGCCCGCAUCGCCUCCUUUGCCACAUCCCCGCUCCUCAUCAUAAGCUCGUCCAUCAUCCCCAAGUCUAUUCCCCCAGGAACAACCCUGCACACCCGCAGCACAUCUCCAAGCGCCUCCACCGCCGACCCAGUUCCCAUCGCCCCACACGAACUCACAAACCGCUCCUUUGCCCUCACGACCCGCAAACAAAGCCUCGACGAACGGCGUCCGGCGACGCUCGAUCUCAGCCUCGCAAUAACAUGGCGCCGGCCUUCGUCGCCCGCAGAUCAUGCAAUAACAACCACGCUCCCCAUCCCCGCGUUUGCCCUCGCCGGCGCCGAGCCCCGCGUCCUGGCAUCCGCACAUCCAAGCCCUGUACCUACAGCCACAGCCACAAGCACAACCACCAGCACAUCUACAUCCACAUUCCCAAAUACAGCAAGCACAAGCACAAGCACCACAAGCACAUCCACAUCCCCAAAUACAACAACAGCAAGCACCACAAGCACAAGCACAAGCACAAAAACACAGAUAAUCCACCUAACAUACACGCUCGAAAACCCAACGGCACACUUCCUGACGUUUGAGCUCGGGAUGGAGGCCAGCGAGGAGUUUGCGUUUGCGGGGCCCAAGGUGCGGCGGGUGGGGAUUGUGCCGCUGAGUCGGCGGCGGGUUGUGUUUGCUUUGCUGCCUGUGCUUGGGAAUAUGGGGGUAGGUGCAGGUGUUGGGGAUGGUGGAGACAAGGGCAGGUGGAUUAAUCCGGUGCUCAAGGUGACGGAUAGUUAUUUCCACAAGACGCUCAAGGUCGUUGCAGCAGAGGGGUGUAGGGGGGAGAAGAAGGGGGUUGGGGUGUGGGUGCCGGAGUGA